AUGGAGAUGGUAAAAUAUUAUGCGAAUUUCGUGGAUCCUCACUGGGUAGCCGUGAUGGCGACAGGAUUGUACACGCACCUUCGACAAAUUUGCGUAAUCGGCUUGUGCUUUGAGGAAAAUUAUUUGCCCUUCGAUCCGUCGUAUUCGUCAAUACUUUUCGUAUUCUCGGUUCUGUGUCUCUUAGCGGAAUACAAAUUAUGGCCUGUAACUCUCAAGGAACCACCGAUCCAGCUGCUAUAUAUUUACGAAAUGUUAGUAGCUGCAUUGAGUACCAAUUUGGCGAUCAAUAUAAUAUGGAUACCAUUGAUGCACGCGAUCUUUUGCCUAACUCAAGAAUCCAGUAAAUGGCUGUUUUGGUUAAAUACAACUCUGGGUCUGGAUAAUUACUCCUUGUUGACUUUGUUCGCGGACUACAUGGCCAAGGAGUACGCGGCCACUCAUAUGGCGUAUUGCCUGUCAUUGUUGUCAUUCGUGUGGAUGCUGGACGCAACUGAAUCUGUGGAAAUGUUCUUGGACACAUGGAGCAAGUAG